ACGACGUCUAUUGACAACUAUUUAAAUAAGUAGAAAUUGAGUGAGCUUCACAUAAUAAAUGUCUUAUUUACAAGCAUUAACAAGACCACGUUGGAAUAUGUUUCAUAAAAUCAAAUAUAUACAACAUCUUCCACAAAUAAGAAACUAUACUGCGAAGAAAUCGUUAUUAGAACUAAAGGAUAAAGUUGCUAUAAUAACUGGAGGCAUGGGAGCUAUAGGAGAAGCAAUAACUAGAGAACUAUUGAAUAAAAAAGUUAGACGCGUAUUUUUAAUAGACAUUUCUAACGACUUGGGGAUGAUAGAAGCUCUGAAUUGUGAGUUUGGUGGCUCAGAUGCAGUGUCUUUGCUUAAGGCAGAUGUAACAAAUCGGCUUGAAAUGGAAGAUGCAUUUAAGAAGAUAAUCACAGAUGUGGACAAGUUUGAUAUUAUAGUUAAUGCUGCAGGUAUUUAUAAUGGGAGACAUUGGGAGAAAGAAAUGCAGACCAAUUUGCUUUCGACAAUAGGCAACAACAUAUUGGCCCAAAGAUAUAUUGGCAAAAAUGGUUGUAUAAUUAACCUCUGUGGAAUUCAGGGCGUUGACCCAUUAUCAGCCUCCCCUACAUUAUCAGCAGAAUAUUCGGGAGUAGUGACAUUAUCCAGAAGUAUUGGUCACCAGAAGAAUUUUCAACGUAAUUCAGUACGAAUUGUUGCUCUGUGUACAGGAAUUACCCAAAGAGGUAACUUUAAUGCUGGAGCAACUGAAAGGCAGUUAAAUCCUGAUAUGGGCGAAGAUCUCGCCAAAUAUUUUGACCAUUGCAUUCGACAGAAAAAUGAACAUUGCGGUUGUGCUGUUUGUCACGUCAUUCAACAUGGUGAACCUGGUUCUGUAUGGGUUGUGGAUGGUGGAAUACUCUAUUCAAUGCAUUAUCCUUCUUGGCGGAAGUACUCCCGUUUAGAAUAUAGUCAUUAUUAAUUAAUAGUUUAAAUUUUAUAUUAUAAAUAGAUAAUUAAAUAAUGUCCUCAGAUUUUUCA